AUUUAGAAAAUAAAAGCUCAGUUCUGCUUAUUCGGCUUUACAUUGACCUACAUUCUCCUCUUGAUGUUUUCAUGCAUGAAGAGAAAUGAGUCUGGAUACAGCCUCCAGAUCCGUGCGUGUGCGUGUGUGUGUGGGUGUGUGAGUGUAGCUGGAGCGCCACCACAUCUGACGUGAGGACACUUCUCGGUGUCUCCUGUCCCCGGUCCUUCAGCAGAAACCUGUACCGGAGAAAAGGGUCGAUCAGCGGACGUUUGACCGGGAGGACGAGCCGAGCACCGUGCACCACAGGCCGGGUCAUGGAGCGGCCGGAGUACGAGGGCUUGUCGUUUUGCGGCAACAACGCCACUGUCGAUGCCUACAGCGUGAAAGGGGGUGUGUGGAACAAUGGCUGCUUCGUGGACGCUCUCAACCUGGUUCCUCAUGUGUUCCUGCUCUUCAUCACCUUCCCCAUCCUCUUCAUCGGUUGGGGAAGUCAAAGCUCGAAGGUCCAGAUCCAUCACAACACGUGGCUUCAUUUCCCCGGACACAACAUGAGAUGGAUCCUCACCUUCUCGCUGCUGUUCGUCCAAGUGUGCGAGUUCGCAGAAGGCAUCGUCUCCUGCAAGACGAUGGAAACCAACAACCUGCAUCUGUACCUGCCUGCGUUCAUGGGUUUUGUAGCGACCACCACGUCAGUGGUUUAUUACCACAACAUAGAGACGUCCAACUUUCCCAAACUGUUGCUUUUUCUUUUCAUUUACUGGGUGCUGGCGUUCGUCACCAAGUCCAUCAAGCUGUGGAAGUAUGCAGAGUACAACGUGGGACCGCGGCACCUGAGGUUCUGCAUCACAGCCCUGUUGGUGAUCCUGUACGGACUCCUGAUGGGCGUGGAGGUCAACGUCAUCAGAAUCAGGAAAUACGUGUUCUUCGCCAAUCCUCAGAAGGUGAAGCCACCAGAAGAUCUGCAGGAUCUGGGCGUUCGCUUCCUGCAGCCGUUUGUCAACUUGCUCUCCAAGGCGACCUACUGGUGGAUGAACCCUCUCAUCAUGGGAGCUCACAAAAGGCCGAUAGAGCUGAGGAAGAUCGGCAAGCUGCCCAUCGCCAUGAGAGCGCUCACCAACUACCUGCGGCUCAAAGACGCCUACGAGGACCAGAAGACCGCGGAGGAUCCGAGUCGAUGCCCGUCCAUCUGGCGCUCCGUGUACCGAGCGUUCGGACGUCCCAUCCUGCUCAGCAGCACCUUCCGCUACCUGGCCGACCUGCUGGGCUUCGCCGGGCCGCUCUGCAUCGCCGGCAUCGUGAAGAACAUGGAGGUCGACAACACCACGGCACAAAUGACGGAAACCUACUUCGGCGUCCCCUUCUUGUCCUCCGCCAAGCUGCUGCAGAACCCGUCCGUCCUGGCCGUCCUUCUCUUCCUGGCUUUGAUCCUGCAGAGGACCUUCUUACAGGCCUCGUACUACGUCAGCAUAGAAACGGGCAUCAACCUGCGCGGAGCCCUGCUGGCGAUGAUUUACAACAAGAUCCUGCGUCUGUCCACGUCCAACUUGUCCAUGGGCGAGUUGACGCUCGGGCAGAUCAACAACCUGGUGGCUAUCGAGACCAACCAGCUGAUGUGGUUCCUCUUCCUCUGCCCGAACCUUUGGGCCAUGCCCGUUCAGAUCGUGAUGGGAGUGAUCCUGCUCUACUACUUACUGGGCUGCAGCGCACUGGUGGGCGCGGCCGUCAUAGUUCUGCUGGCUCCCAUACAAUACCUCAUCGCCACCAAGCUGGCCGACACGCAGAAGAUCACACUGGAUCACUCCACCGAUCGUCUGAAGAAGACCACGGAGAUCCUGAAGGGUAUCAAGCUGCUGAAGCUCUACGCCUGGGAGAACAUCUUCUCUGACAGCGUGGAGGAGACCAGAGGCAAAGAGCUCACCAGCCUCCGGACCUUCGCUUUCUACACGUCCAUGUCCAUUUUCAUGAAUGCUGCGAUCCCCAUUGCUGCCGUUCUAUCGACGUUUGCGACUCAUUGGUUCCUGAAUGGAACCGUUCCCGGUCCUUCUGAGGCCUUCGCCGCCCUGGCGCUGUUCCACAUCCUGGUGACUCCGCUCUUCCUGCUCUCCACCGUGGUCCGGUUCGCGGUGAAGGCUCUGGUCAGUGUUGAGAAGCUCGGUGAGUUUCUUCAGAGCGACGAAAUCGGAGACGACAGCUGGAGAAACGGAGACAUGUCCGUUUCCUUCGAAGCAGGAAAAAAGAACCUCGGGAUGACCAAGGCCAUCAACAGGAAGCAGCCGAUGUGCUACCAGAUGGACAACUACGAGCAGCCGAGCAGGCGACAGAUGAGGCCCUCGGAGACGGAGGAUGUGGCUGUGAAGGUGAGCAAUGGAUUCUUCACCUGGGGGAGUAACCUGUCCACGCUGACCGACAUCAACAUCCGCAUCCCGACAGGUCAGCUGACGAUGAUUGUGGGCCAGGUGGGUUGUGGGAAAUCCUCCCUGGUGCUCGCCAUGCUGGGUGAGAUGCAGCCCAUCGAGGGAAGAGUCUACUGGAGCAAGCUGCCUGAAGGUCAGAUGGGCCACGAGGGGAACGUCAGUUGGUCAGAGACAGAGGAGUCUGACGAAGACGUCAGGAGCAAGAACAGAUACUCUGUGGCCUACGCUGCCCAGAAGUCCUGGCUGCUCAACGCGACACUGGAGGAGAACAUCACCUUCGGGAGCCCGUUCAGUAAACAGAGGUACAAAGCUGUGAUUGAAGCCUGCUCUCUGCAGCCAGACAUCGACCUGCUGCCUUUCGGAGACCAAACUGAGAUUGGAGAGAGGGGCAUCAGCCUGAGUGGAGGUCAGCGACAGAGAAUCUGUGUGGGACGAGCUCUGUACCAGAACACCAACAUCGUCCUCUUGGACGACCCCUUCUCUGCGUUGGACAUCCACCUCAGUGAUCACCUGAUGCAGGAAGGAAUCCUCAAGUUCCUGCAGGACGAUAAACGCACCGUGGUCCUGGUCACUCACAAACUGCAGUAUCUCAUACAUGCAGACUGGAUCAUAGCGAUGAAGGACGGCUCCAUCCUGAGGGAGGGAACCCUGAAGGACAUUCAGACUCACGACGUGGAGCUUUACGAUCACUGGAAAACUCUGAUGAACCGACAGGACCAGGAGCUGGAGAAGGACAUUCAGCAGGACAGUCAAACGACACUGGAGAGGAAAGUUCUGAGGAGAGCUUUCUACUCCAGAGAAGCCAAGAUGGACGACGAGGAUGAAGAGGAGGAAGUGGAGGAAGAAGAAGACGACGACAUGUCCAUGACCACAAACAGACGAUCAAAGAUCCCAUGGAAGGUGUGCUGGUGUUACUUGUCCUCGGGGGGCUUCUUCAUGGUCUUCCUCAUGGUGUCCUCCAAGCUGCUCAAACACUGCGUCAUCGUGGCCGUUGACUACUGGUUGGCCAGGUGGACGUCCUCCAAGACCAACCUGACUGCGUCCAAUGAGACCAGCAGCAACAUCACGCUCCCCUGUUCUCCGGCGGCGGAGGACGACUCCUAUCUGCUGGUGUUCAGUAUCCUGUGUGCAGCUGGAAUCACGCUGUGCCUCAUCACCUCCCUCACUGUGGAGUUUCUGGGCGUCUCUGCGGCCACCAACCUGCACCACAACCUGCUCAACAAGAUCAUCCACGCUCCCAUCAGGUUCUUCGACAUCACUCCUCUGGGACAGAUCCUCAACAGAUUCUCUGCUGAUACCAACAUCAUCGAUCAGCACAUUCCCCCGACACUGGAGUCGCUGACGAGGUCCACGCUGCUCUGCCUGUCGGCCAUCGGGGUCAUCUCCUUCAUCACUCCUGUGUUUCUGAUCGCUCUGGUUCCUCUGGGCAUCGCCUUCUACUUCAUCCAGAAGUACUUCAGAGUGGCGUCCAAGGACCUGCAGGACCUGGACGACUCCACCCAGCUUCCUCUGCUCUGUCACUUCUCUGAGACGGCUGAAGGGCUCACCACAAUAAGAGCAUUCAGACACGAGGCUCGUUUCAAACAGCGGAUGCUGGAGCUGACGGACACGAACAACACGGCCUACCUGUUCCUGUCGGCCGCCAACCGCUGGCUGGAGGUCCGCACGGACUACCUGGGGGCGGUGGUCGUCCUGACGGCGGCGGGAGCGUCCAUCUGGAGUUCAAGCUGCGGAGGCAUGCUGGGACUCGGACUCACGUACGCCCUCACGGUCACCAACUACCUGAACUGGGUCGUGAGGAACCUGGCCGACCUGGAGGUGCAGAUGUCGGCGGUGAAGAAGGUCAACAGCUUCCUCAGCACCGAGUCGGAGAACUACGAGGGAACGAUGGACGCCUCUCAGGUGCCCGAGGACUGGCCCCACAACGGGGAGAUCAAGAUCCAGGACCUGAGCGUGCGCUACGACCCCAUGCUCAAACCGGUGCUGAAGCACGUCAACGCCUACAUCGAGCCGGGCCAGAAGGUGGGAAUCUGCGGCCGCACGGGCAGCGGGAAGUCCUCCCUGUCGCUCGCCUUUUUCAACAUGGUGGACAUCUUCGAAGGAAAGAUCGUGAUCGACGGGAUCGACAUCUGUAAACUUCCUCUGCCGACUCUGCGCUCCAGACUCUCCAUCAUCCUCCAGGACCCGGUGUUGUUCAGUGGAUCCAUAAGGUUUAAUCUGGAUCCAGAGCGGACGGGCACUGAUGAUCGACUCUGGGAGGCUCUAGAGAUCGCCCAGCUGAAGAACAUGGUGAAGGCUCUGCCUGGAGGACUAGAUGCCGCGGUGACAGAGGGAGGUGAGAACUUCAGCGUCGGUCAGCGGCAGCUCUUCUGUUUGGCUCGAGCCUUCGUGAGGAAGAGCAGCAUCCUCAUCAUGGACGAGGCUACAGCUUCUAUCGACAUGGCCACGGAGAACAUUCUCCAGAAAGUUGUGAUGACGGCGUUCGCAGAUCGAACAGUCGUCACCAUCGCACACCGAGUCCAAACCAUCCUGAAGGCCGACCUGGUCAUCGUGAUGAAGCGAGGGAACAUUCUGGAGUACGACAAACCCGAGACUCUUCUGGAGCAGGAGGGCGGGAUGUUCGCCUCGUUCGUCAAAGCAGAUCUGUAGACUGUAGAACAGGCGGCGUCCAGAUCUGUGAAUCAAAACUUCUGUGACGCUGAAACUCGCCAGAGAAGCGAAUAACGAGGAGAAGCUUUUUCUGUGGAGGAGGAAACACCGGAGGUCACUUCCUCUCUGACGCUUCACAUCAGUUAUUAUGAUCAUCUGCUCCAUCGGCUGAUUCCUCCUGUUUUCACAUCGACAUGAAGAAUUCAGCUGAAACACUUAAACAAGUUUUUCAUUGAAUUUGAUGACCAAGAGAUUUUAUGUUCUCGGAUCAGAAACAUUUUUAUCAGCCAGAGUUAAAAUAGAAAUCAGAACAAUCAGAAUAAGAAACUGUUCAAACUAGUGUCCGGAUGUUUUGGGAAAUUACGUAAAAUGACUUUUUAACAUCAAACUCUUCAAGAAGAAAAUCGGAGGUCUCACAUAAAUACUUUGUUACUUGGGUUUUGGUGUUUUGGGAUUUUUUCCUGAACACUAUCAGGAUAGAAAUUAUGAAUUUAAUGAGAUAUCACUUCAGGUUUCUAUCAAUAACUUUGUACAGACUUUAGAGUUAAUUCAAUAGUUUCAGUUUGAGCUGAACUUUUAUAUCCUGAUAUUUUUUUUACCGAACUUGACUGAAAAGUCUUUAAUUAUCUUGUGUAAAAAUAUUAUUUUGAAUUUAUCACCACAUGUAUCAGUUUACGCUCGAUCACUUAUAUUAUGCAACAAUAAGGACAAGUGAAGUUUAUAUCUAGUUUUAUUUGAAUCCUGUUUUAUAUGAUUGAAUGUACAAUCUGUUUCACUGUAAAGGAUUUAAAUCUUAAUAUUUUAGACCCAGGUGUAGAACGUGCUACAUUUUUUAGACACAGAAGUAAAACUAUUAAAUCGCAUUAGUGUUAAGAAAAGACUUUGAUGAACAGUUUUUUGUUAAACCGACGGAGGAGGAGACACGUUCAUCGACUCGUACCUUCCUCCUCCGAACGGGUUCCACUGAGGAGUUCUACCUUGGGGUAUUUGCCGCCAUCUUUUUUAGUUUGGAGCAUUUCUGCAACCAACAUGGACAUCAGACCUUUUUUUUAAGUCCUUGGUCUGACUUGCGUCUCCUCCCAGUUCUCCAGGGCGAGCUCAUCUCUCAGCUGCAGCCAUUUUUGAUAAAACUGCAAAUCUACAGUUAUCUUAAAAGAUUUUUUUAUUACUUUGAUAAAUGUAUUUUUCACAGGUUUGCUGUUUUAUUUAAAAAAUAAAUCAAGAAUUUCUUUAUUUAGUAAAAUGUCUGUGAAAUUAGGGUUUUAAUUUGUGCAAUGCCUUUAAAAGCAGAAGAUUUGUAAACGUGUGGAUUUUACUUCCAGCUCUGUCACUGUUCUAUCGGUUGUAUUUCUAUGUUUCACUAGUACAAACACUGAAGGGUGUCGCGGCUCGGUCCGACGCCGGCGAACCCGCUGUCUGUCUGCCGUCGUGCUUUGCUGAAACCUUUUAUCGUCGGGGGGGGGGGGGGGACAAUAGAUGGCGAAACACGAGCCCCCGUUGACCCGAGAGGUCGAUUCAGGACUGAGAGUGAGACGGUGACGCAGAGUCGAUCCAGAACUUACUGAAAAGUCAGAAACCGUAUUUUAGAGACAAGUAUUGAACGUCUUAUUUUUGACAUUUCCGUUUGGUCCCGUCUGCUAACAUGGAGGAGAAAGGUUUUAUGACCUAUUCUGCAGCCAGCCACCAGGGGGCGAUUGAGAUGGUUUGGCUUCACUUUCUCGUAGCAGUCAUGUCGUCCAUCUUCAUUCUCAGUCCAUGAUUUACUUUUUUCACUCAGAUCAAAUCUUCCUGUCGUAUUAUUGGAGGAAUUGAGCUCAUCGUUAAUGUUAUACUGUUAUUUCCAUUUAUAGUUUUUAUAAUGAUAUCUAGACAUAUACAUAUUUCUAACAAAGAAAAAACUAAAAGGACAAAUUCACAUGUUUCACAGUCGGAGUCGAUCUGAGAACUUGUUUCUUCAGUUUUUCUAGAAUCCCUGGUUCUGUGGUUCUGUCUCUUUUUUUAAUAUCGUUUAUUGAUUAAUCCUUUUCUUUUCAACUUCCUUUUUAAACUAAACAGAAUUUCUCUCACGUGUUUUAAACAAAGCUGCAGUUUGUUUUUCUCUUUUCACUUUUCUGCUCAAACUCAAACCUGAAACUCAGAUUUGUGCCAAACGAAGAAAAAAGACAAAAUGAAGUCGACACAAACUCUAUCAGAGCUUCGAUGACUGUUUUUAUUCUUCCUCGUAAAAUCACAUGACUGUUAAAUAAACAUGAAUUUCAGCUGCAGAGGAAGUUUAGUUAAUUUUUUUAAGUUUGUACAUGUACAGUUUGUAGGAGCCUGUGAAUCCAGAAGUUUUUAAACUUUUACAAACGCUUAUAUUAUUAUGAUUCUGUGUGCCUGAGUUUUUUACACUUGAAAUGAAAAUAAAAAUGUUUUUGAGUGAAGUGAAA